AUUAUUUUGACAGCUAUUUGAUGGCUGUGUUUUAAUUAUUUAAAUAAGUUGACGUUCUUUGUAUACCAAAUCGAGUUUUAAAGAGUAUUGUAAAAAACUACUGUUUUAACGUUUAUAACACGGCCCUAAUUCGCCAAGAAAAUGAGUAUUGGUACAUACAUCUUAUAUCUUCCAGAUGUAGCCCUGGAGAAAAUUUUUUCAUUUUUAACUUACAAUGAAAUUGCUAAAACCAGGGAAGUUUGUAAACAAUUCAAUCAUGUUUGUGGAAACUUGCUAUCACGCGGUUUUAUACAAGUGGAGAAACGCCACUCGACUAUCUAUAAACGUAUGAAAACUAUGUUGCCACGAAGAGAGUCAGAACGUCGAUCUCAUCCUUUAGCACGACAUUGCGAUAUAUUAUCAGCGGUUGAAACGCGUAUUAGCAUGUUAAACAUGACUUUUUCGAGAUAUAUAGAAGCUGGGUUGUGUUGUUUUUACCCAGGGAAAGUUAUUGAUGAAAUUGUAAACGUUUUAAACACCAUCGAAUUACUACUUCCACCUCCACGUACUCACGAAUUAUUGCAAGAGUUAAGAGACAUUAGUAGUAUGGCUAUGGAACAUUUUGAAGAGUUCAUUUUACCAAAUUUAAAAGCCCACAUGGAACAUACUUCCGUUUCAUUAUUACCAACUCAACAGAUAAAAAAUAAUAAAUACGUAUUUGUAAAAUUCUCUUUAGCCAAUGAUGUAAGAAAAAUUAAAAAGCAAAAUAAAAUUUAUCGAGAACAAAUAACUCAAAUGACUAAUCAAAUCGAUAAAUUAACCAAACGGGAGAAAAGUAUUUUCUCAAAGUUGAAGGAGCAUUCUACAAAGCUUCGUGACCACGAACGUAAAUAUAAUGGGCAAGCUCAAAAGAUUUCGGAACAAGAAGCUAUAAUUGUUGAUCUCCGCAAACAUAUUGAUGAAUGGGAACAAAAAUUUAACGAUUUUGCUGCUGAAAUGAGAGCACGUGAUGAAUUUAAUGAUAAACCUAAAGAAAUAUCGCCAAAAAUUGGAAAUACCCCUAUUAGUUUGGGUCAAAACAUUAAACCAAGAAUCGCUCAAGUCCUUGGGAAAUCUUUUUCCAGUGAACUUGAAAGGAAACGGAAAUAUUCGUUAAAUUCUGAUCUUGCGCCAAUAAAAUUUGCUAGAAGUGAUAAUAAUAAAGAAGAAAAUUGUACUACAAAUGUUAAAUUAUUUGGUGAAACUUUAAAAAAAGAAUCAGCAAAUAUAAAUUUAACAAAUGAAAACCAACAGUUGAAUCAAAUUCAAGAAAAUAUGAGUUUAAUAAAACGUAAUGAAACUUUCUUUAGUAGUUUAUUAGAAUCGAUUAUUAAAAAUCCGAUAACUUCUAUUAAAAGUAGAAAACGGAAGAUGUCUGAAGAUAUUAAUAUAAACGAUGUAUAAUUUGUUGUAUUUUGUUCAAUUCUCAAAACACUUAAGAUAGUUUUAAGAUUAAUGAUAAUACAUGUUGUUUAAUCUUUAAGAAUCCUACUAUAAUCUUACAAAAUUAAUCUGAUAGAUAUAUCCAACUGUUAACCAAUAGGAGUAUUUACAACAGAUAUAACCAUAACAAUUCCUUUGGUUAGCUUAACCCACAGAUGGUAGUAAUGGUCAAAUAUAGUUUUUUUUUUUCAAAAUAACCACAAAUUUUAAUAAAAUGUAAUGUAACAUGUUUAAGAUGGUAUGAAUUAUUGUCUAAACUAAUGAUUUAGAAAUAAAUAAUAAUUGUGUAUUUAAAAUUAAAA